AUGGAAGAAUCGAAUGAAGACGUUGAAGAGACUACAUUUAAUGUUAUUGAUAAAAAGAUCUUAUCAAUUGAUUUUCAAAGCUAUAGCCUAGGAGUCACUUGUCUUGACGUUGAAAAUAGAAAACUAUACAUUUAUGAAGACUUUCAAAUUUGCAACCCAAAUUCGUAUAUUGAAGCUAUCAUUGAUGAUUUAAAACCAAAUGUUGUUUUUGUUUCGAGUAGAUUACCGGAAGCAGCAAUUACUUUUAUUAAGAAUUUGGAGUCAGAUUAUGAAAUGCAAAUGUUCAUUAAAAUUGUUGCUGAUUAUACAAAAUUUGAUAUUGAACAUUUGGCAAAAUCCUUUGAUAAAUAUUUAAGUGGCAUUAAUGUGAAGUAUUUUACAGAAACUGCAAUUACCUCACCUUUUUUCAAAUUAAGUGUUGGUACUUUGAAUGCAUUAUAUCUUGGUAUUUCAGAUCAUGUAUCAGAAUUAUUCAUUGCAGAAAUGGUUGAUACAAUUGAAUUUUGUAAUUUUAAAAAUCAUUUAUUUAUUGAUGUAGAUCUGUUAUAUGCACUUCAAAUUUUACCAGAUCCACAUGAGAAAUUAAAAGCUCAUUCGAAAUCUCAAAAAGUUUCAUUGUUUGAUUUAGUAAAUUAUACAGUUACACGUGAAGGAUAUUUUUUACUCUUAGAUUGGGUAAGAAAACCACUAGCUAAGUUAGAUUUAAUCUUGGAUCGUCAAGAAAUUGUUCAAAUUAUAUCUUCCACUCAUUUUGAAGAUAAUAGAAAACAAAUAUUCAAAUUAUUAAAGCAAGUCAAAGGUCUGUUCACUAAAAUUAAAAGAUUAAAAAGUAAUGAACUUUCCUGGAACAAUUGGAAAGCGUUGCUCACAUUUUUAUCAAAUUCAGUGCAGAUUGCAAAAAUAUUGAAACAGUUUUUCCUCACAAAUUCAGUUCAAAUUGGAGAAUCUUUAAAAAUUGUGACUUUAUUUAUUAAUGAUGUUUUUGAAUUCCAAAAAUUGCAUAACUUUUUAUUAGAUGUUAUUGAACCUCAAUCGUCAGCUGAGGAAGGAAGAGUUAAAAUAUUGAAUGGUGUUGAUGGUGAAAUUGAUAGACUAAGAACCAUCAACAAUAAUAUGGAAGAGAUUCUUAAAAAUUGUACAUAUGCUUUGAAACAAAAAUCUCCAGAACAAGAGUUUAAUACAAUAUAUAUACCACAACUUGGCUUCUUAAUUUCAAAAACAUUUGAAGAAAUUGAAGGUGAUACUCCACAAGAAUGGCAACAAGUUUUUGCAACACCAACAAAUUCGUAUUACAAAGCUCCAGAAGUUGAGGAAUUAGAUGAUCAAUAUGGUGAUGUGCAUACCUUAAUCAAUGACAGAGAAAUAGAAGUGAUUCAAAUAUUACAAGAAGAAGUAUCAAAAUAUGAACCUAUUACGGAACAAGUAAUUGAAGCUUUAACUGAAUUAGACUGUUUAUUAUCUUUAAGUCAAGUUUCACAAUUACCAGAUUAUAACUUCCCAAUCUUGACAGAUGGAUUAGAUUUAGCCAUAGAAGCUGGUAGACAUCCAUUGAUUGAAACUUAUCAAAAUUUAUUUAUCCCCAAUGAUAUAAAUUAUAAAGAUGAAAAAAUUACAAUUAUAACUGGUGCUAAUUUUUCUGGUAAAUCAGUAUACAUCACUCAAGUAGCUUUAAUUGCUGUCUUGGCUCAAUUAGGUUGUGCGAUUCCUGCUAAAUCUGCAUAUAUAGGAGUUGUCGAUAAAUUAUUAACAAGAAUUUCGUCAAGAGAAUCUUUAGAGAAACAACUAAGUACGUUUGCAAUUGAUAUAAAUCAACUUUCAAAAUGUACUUCACUUUGUACUGAGAGAUCUUUAAUUGUAAUUGAUGAAUUUGGCAAGGGCAGUGAUUCAAUUGAUUCUCCUGCAUUGUUUGGUGGUGCUUUAGCUUAUUUUUCUAACAUGACUAAUUGUCCAAGAUGUGUUAUGUCAACUCAUUUUCAUGAAUUAUUUAAUAAUGAUGGAAUAUCAGAAAAACUAGCAACCACUAAAGCCAAAUUUGUGACUACCGAUAUUGAAUUGAAAAAAGAAGAUAAUAAAAUACAAGACAUCACAUAUUUAUAUAAAGUCAAACCUGGUAUUACGCAAGAAAGUUUUGGAAUUUAUUGCGCAAAAGUUUGUGGUAUACCAGAAUCAAUAAUUGAACGAGCAGAAUAUUUUGCAGAAAAAUUAGAAGAAGGUAAAGAUCUUGUUAAUGAAAUGACAUUAUUAACUGAUGAAGAAGAACUAAAUUACAGUUCUACUAGAGAUAAAGUUAUGAAAUUUUUAGAUUUUGAUUUUGCCGAAGAUAGUGAUAGAACUGUCAAUUUAUCAAAAUUUGAAGAGUUAUUUUAA